AGAUUUCGAUACCAGGUGGUCACGUGACACGCCUGUUGUUGGUAACGUAGGAAUUGAUUCAGCUUUUCUCUUCACAGAAAUAAAAUUUAAAGACAUCUUUAAGAGGUUUCUGUCCAAAUAUAAAUUUAAAAUCUAAUACUAUGGUAUCUUACUUAUGAAAGAUUUGUUCUGACGUGAUAUGGUUAUUUUUACAAACGUGGGUACUACAGCGUGACGGCCAUGUUUAACUAGAGCACGUUCUUAUUGUCUAUUCUAAUUUUAUCUGCAAAAUGACCGAAAACUCCGUGACAAUCAGCAUUCGAAAAGCAUCCGUUAAAGAUGCUUCCAAACUUGUACAAACGGUAUCUGAUGCCAGUCUUAAAAUAUUGGAAGAAGAUAUGUGGUACAAGAUCGAAGGAAGUGUGGACUCCUUAAACAAACUCUGGGCUUCAAUUGUCGAUCUGACAGCUUCGAGCGAAGCUGGACAAUCGAAUUUAUUGGAAGAAAGCAAUUGUGUUAAAAUUGUUGAGAGCGAUAUAUCUCUAAAAACAGAUUGUUUUAGUGAUGAAGAUGAAAUUUUGGCCUAUUGUGCUGUUUGCUCUUUUAGAGGAAAUUCAACAUAUCUAGAGGAACAUUAUAGGAAUGAGCAUCACGACGUGAUUCCUAAUGCUAGUCGUUUUUGUUCGGACAUGUGUGAAAUAUGUGAAAGAACGUGCGAAAGCUAUUACGAUAAACGAAAACACAGAAGAACUCACAUUAACUUUGAUGGUAGUUUGAAUGACUGGUCAAAACGAAUACUGUCUUCGAAAGGUGUUUUGCUGAGUGUUCCACCAAAAAAGGAAAAUACCCAAAGCAAUGCUAAACUCGUUAAUGUUCCCGAAUAUGCAAAUGGUAUGGAGCUUUUGUCAUCCGUUAUUGUUCGUAAAGAAAUGGAGGAGGCUUCUUCAGAAGAUGUUGACGCUUUUUGUGAUUUAUGUGGUCUUCAUACAGUUCUCUCAGAAAUUCAGCAACACUACCAAGAGCGACAUUCUCAUGGUGUUAGUGAAUGUUCACUUUGCGAAUUUAGUUUCAGUUCAAUAGCUUUUUGUAAAAAACAUGCCACUUCAAGCCAUCCGAAUCAACAGGUCAAAAUUCGUCGAAAUAACGUAGAAAUAUCAGAAUUUAUAUGUGAGAAUUGUGAUAAGGAUUUUCUGACUUCAGAAUACUUAAAAACUCAUAUGGCUUCUCGGCACGCUAAUGAGAGUCCCGAGCGUUGUAGAUUUGCUUAUAAUUGCCAGAUGUGCAAUUUCGGUAGCUCACUUUACAACGAUAUAAUAAAGCACAUUAAAGAAGAUCACGAUGCGCCAGAUUUAUGUCCUCUCUGCCAAACUCCUUUCAGAGAUGUAGAUAAACUAGCCAAUCAUCUUAAAAAAAUGCAUCCAAAUGCUGAUUAUCAUCAAUUUGAAAAGCUCUGUGUUAAGGUUGAAGGACAUAAAUGUAAUGAAUGCGAGAAGGAAUUUAAAGAAUUACGUUUAUUAAAUGUUCAUAUAAAACGGGUACAUAAGAAAGAAGUAAGAUACGUUUGUGAUGUUUGUCAAAAAGGAUUCUUUGAACACAGCAAAAUGAGAGAUCACAAACUAACACACCUAUCCGAAGAGGCUAAAGUCGAGAAGAUGAAGUUUGAGUGCCGUUUCUGUAAAAGAAAGUUUAAUAAAUUAGCUAAUUUAAAACAGCAUGAGAAUAGUCACACUGGGAAUAAAGAGUACGUGUGUUCAUUAUGUAAUAGAGGAUUUGCAUGGAUAACUGAACUGCGAAAGCACAUGAUAUCUCAUUCCAGAGAAAGACCCUUUAAAUGUAACAUGUGCUAUAAAUCGUUUAAAGUAAAGAAUCGGUUGGAGUCUCACAUGAUAAUACAUACGCAGAAAAGCAAAUUCAACUGCGAGUUUUGCGGAAAGGCUUUCACAGUUCAAGCUACCCUCAAAAAGCACCAUUGUAAACAAGCUGAAAUUCAGAAAAUGAUAUAUUCCAUGAAACAGCCAGCACAACCACCAACUCCCCCCCAAAUUCAACAACAAGUUCAACAGCGCGAAGCUACCGAUGAUGUGUCGUAUAUGUGCGGAGUUUGCAGGGAAAUGUUCACUGAUGCGUAUGCGGUUGAUGAGCACGUAAAGCAACAUGUACAAAAUGUUGAAGGCCAGAUAGAAGAAGAAGUGUUGAUAGAUGGGACGUACGAAACUUUUACAACAGAUGGCGCUAACUGA